AUGGCUGAAGUAUACAUGCCGUAUUCUUUCUUGAAAAAACUGUUGUCUUUGUUCCAUGAUUUUCUCAAGGUGUCUGGUAUGACCCUCUCUGGCCUGCCUCUGGGGGUCAAGUAAGGAGAGGCCACACUGACGAAGGUCCUUGGGAGGUCCUCUGCCUACCUCUUUCACUUUGCUUACCUGAGCCUGGUAAUGGGAUGCAUCACCAUAGUGCUUAGCCUUGCCACUUUUCAAGAUAGCUUCCCAUCUAACAGGUCAGCCAACAUCCUGGAUCUUCCCACACCCUGGAAACGUCUGGAAGAACAAAACCUGGCAAUAUCCACCCCACCCAGUUUCUGGUUAUCAUUGUCAUCCUGGAAGUCAGUGGCCUCUGUGGUGCUUGGAUUCUUUCCACUUGUUCAAGAUGUGGCCUCAAAGCACACAUUGCUGACCCGGAGGAAGAAUUAUCGGGAUUACAAUGAACCUGGUGACUUCUCUGCACAGUAGAACAUUGCCACAGAGAGGGCGUGCCAUGCUCUUUAUACAGUACCACUGAAGUAG